GUUUGUGGGUGGCUGUCACAUUAUUCUUAGUUGAUAUUUAAUUACUCGAUAGAUUUUAUGUCAUCAAAACGUUUCGUUCAAUUAAUCGACUUUCACCGAUCACCUAUGAAGCUCUAUCUCAAUAUCCUGUUGCUAACCUUUGCAAUAAUCGCUCUGUGCAGCAGAGAAGUAGCCGGUGGAGCAGUUAUUGAGGAGCUCGACAGAAUGCUUCAAGACGGGAUAGAUAAUAAUGAUUAGGAUUUACUCUAUUCCAAAACAUUUUACCGGUAAAACAGAGUGGAAUCCACAGCAUUUGAUACACAAUAGUGCAUCAAGUUUACUCGACAACAGCGAAAACAAAGCAGCAAAAUAACGUAACAGGCUGUAUGUAUAACCAGAAUUGAUUUUGGCGUCUAUUUGACAAAGUGAGAAUAAAGUCAAAAAUCUGCAGAAAGUGUAAAAUGAUGGUAAUAAUGUUGAAAACCACAAUUAUAAGAUAUGAGACCUACGUAGUAAGAUGCAAGGUGGGGAGAGCUUUAAUUAUACACGGUGUUUAGAGUCAGACAGUAUGAUUCUAGAUCAUUUCUCAUAUGAGUUCAGUUGUCUGUCGACUACAAAAAUAACGAGCUGUCCUAAUGCCACAUAACUUAUUCUACUAAAAACCUUUGAUAGCUAUCUUAGAUGUGAGUAACCCAGGAAAAACUAGAGGAAAGCAAUAAGGUAGUGUAAGUACGUUGGAAGAGUUGACAAGUUGUAAACUUAGAGGUUUGGUUAUUUCUGAUUGUUCUAACUUUUCAACGUAGUGGUUAAGAUGAAACAUUUUUUCAGAAGUCAACAAUAUAUGGAA